UAGUAAUGGCUCUGUUUAUCCGCUCUACAUCUUCAAUUGCUCACCCAAAGAGUGUAUUGUAUACUAUAUCUCGCUCUCCGAGGUGUGCACUAGGUCCACCGUCAGUCAGUUUUCCAGUUUACCUGCCACGAUGAGCAAUUCCGAUUCGUUGUCGAUAAUACCGCCCCAAGAUUGGCCUGAACUACGUGAUUUAUACCGUGAUAAUUGGCCCUCCAAUCUUGUGGCUUAUCACACUGUGGAUAAUUUUAUUCAGUGGCACCAGAAAGAUCCCCACAUCAAGCAUCUGACAUUCUACAGCCUCAAUGAUAACUGGCGAACGGAUGGGACUUACGUGAUAGUGGAUCGCUAUCAGUUGUUUCUGUAUACUCUUGCUCCCAGCAGCAGUGACGUACUGGAGCGAGCAAUGCACUUGCUCGAUUGGAGCCGAGGGUUCAAAGUAAGUUCAUUCCUCGCACGGCAUCGAAACGCAGUGAUUAAUGUGGUUGAAGCGAAAGGCCUUCGGAAGGAGUACGACAGCUGCACUUAUCUGUACUACAUGCCAAAGGAAGAAUCUGCCAAGCUGACUAGCGAUGUGCCAGCAAGCUUUCGAUUGGGUAGCCUUACAGAGGAAGAUGCUGCAAAAGCGGAUGCAGUUUGGCCCAACAAACACGUGGGGUCAUUGUUUUUCUUGCAGAGAUUAGCCGCUUGGAACCCGAAUGUUGGAUUAUACAACUCUAGUGGUGAAUUGGUAGCUUGGUGCUUCAGAUUACAAGCAGGACCACUCGGUGCCCUUCAGGUGGACGAAAAGCAUCUCAAGAAAGGUUACGGAACGAUUGUCACAGUAGCAAUGGCCAACAAACUUGCCGCUAUGCAACAAGACUGUUUCGCCCUGGUUAGUAGUGGUAAUAUACCGUCCAAACGAAUGUUCGAGAAGCUCGGUUUUCGGCAUACGGAUUUCGCCUACUGGUUGAGGACUUACCCAACGGAACCCUUUCAGUGGAUUGACGAGUAAAUAAUUUGCCAGUUAUAGCAAUAAAUAAGUCAUAAUUGUUA